UUUAAAUAAGUGGCAAGUUGCUGUUGCUUGUUGCCAUGGGGUGCCUGCCUGAUCUAUCUUUAAACAAAAAAUGCAUGACAACCAACAUCCUGAACCUCUGCAAAUCCUUUCUGUUUCACAACUAACCCAAUGUUCCGUUCUCAAAAUUUCUCCAUUUUGCUGUUGGUUCUUUUUCUGGCGCCAAAUUCCGUUACAGUUAACUGCCGAUGUACGGACAACUGUGGACGCAUCAAGAUCCAGUUCCCAUUUCAUCUCAAAAAUAGCAUCCUGAAUGAAAACGCUACCUAUCUACCUGGAUUUGAACUCUCAUGUAACGAUAAACAUCAAGCUCUGCUGAAACUUCCAAAGGUUCCAUCAGUAAGCUUCUUUGUGAAGCAAAUCGAUUACAAAUCUCAGCAAAUUCAGAUCUAUCACCCAAAUAACUGCCUUGCCAGCCAGCUUUUAGCACUCGGAAAUUCGUCAACUUCACCUUUCCGAUUCAUAUCACCAUAUUACGGCGGCGAAACUAGUUACAAUAAUGUCUCUUUCUUUCGUUGCGCUUCGAGUUCUUCCUAUUCCUGUCCAAUUUUGCAACUAGAUUCUAUUAGCGACAUCAUUGAUCCAGGAAUACUAUCUUGCACCAAGGUGCGUGAUGUUUUAUCGGUCCAGUGGAGGUUUACGUAUGAUGAUAAGACUAGUUUGUUUCUUGGAUGGUCGAACCCUAACUGUGGGCAGUGUGAAGCACAGGGCAAGAAAUGCAGACUCAAGAGCGAUGGUACGAAAGAGGAAAUUGAGUGUUUCGUUUGCAAAACAAACAAGAUUUCGACAUCCACUCUUGUUCUAAUUGUUGCAGGGACAAUAAUUUGUUUGAUGCUUCUGGUCUUGUUGGCCUUUGCAAUGUACCAUAUUUAUCGGUACUUUAAGACUAAAGGAGAAGACCAAGACAGGAUAGAAAAAUUCUUGGAGGAUUACAGGGCCAUGAAGCCUACAAGAUUCACUUACAAAGAUAUUAAGAGAAUCACAAAUGGCUUUAAGGAAAGCUUAGGCGAAGGAGCACACGGAGCAGUAUUCAAAGGAAUGCUCUCCAAAGAAAUUCUUGUUGCCGUGAAGGUACUCAAUGAUACACAAGGUGAUGGCAAGGAUUUCAUAAAUGAAGUGGGAACUAUGGGAAAGAUUCAUCAUGUCAAUGUUGUUCGCUUGCUCGGAUUCUGCGCAGACGGAUUCCACCGUGCUCUUGUCUAUGAUCUGUUUCCGAACGGUUCGUUGCAGAAAUUCUUAGCUCCACCGGAUAACAGGGAUGCUUUCCUUGGUUGGGUGAAGCUUCAGAGAAUUGCUCUUGGUGUUGCCAAAGGCCUUGAGUAUCUCCAUCUUGGUUGUGAUCAUAGGAUACUCCAUUUUGACAUAAAUCCCCAUAAUGUGUUACUAGAUGAUCACUUCACUCCAAAAAUAACAGAUUUUGGCCUUGCAAAGUUGUGUCCGAAAAAUCAAAGCACAGUGUCUAUGACCGCCGCGAGGGGGACAUUGGGAUAUAUUGCCCCUGAAGUAUUCUCAAGAAAUUUUGGUAACGUGUCGUACAAGUCUGAUAUUUAUAGCUUCGGAAUGUUGCUACUUGAGAUGGUUGGAGGAAGAAAGAACACAAAUGUGUCUGGUGAGGAAAUUUUCCAAGUUUUGUACCCAGAAUGGAUCCAUAAUAUGCUUGAAGGGAAAGACAUCCACAUUGAUAUUGACAAUGAGGGAGACAUGAAAAUUGCCAAGAAACUUGCCAUUGUAGGACUUUGGUGCAUUCAGUGGAAUCCUGUAGAUCGUCCAUCAAUGAAAACUGUGGUACAAAUGCUUGAAAGGGAAGGAGACAAGCUAAUGGUCCCCCCUACUCCGUUUGACUCCACUACCAGCUCAAGUAGAAACAAUAAUAAUGCAGUUGUUCCAUCAAGACAUCUAAAUUUUGAGCUAGAGGUUAUUCCCGAGUUAGAGUAAAGGCAAUUCACCUCUUGCUAAUAAAAUGUAUUUAUAUUGGAGACUGAUGCAAGAUGCAAUACAUAAUGAUUCUUCCCCUCGUUCAA